UCAUUGACGCAAGUUUUUGGAGAUGAAGAACCCGUGGUUCAGGUGAAACAACACAAAUGAUAGAAAAUUUGAACACAUUUAUAUUUUGGACAUUGACCUUUAUAAACUAUUCCAACUUCAUGAAGAUUUGAUGGACACUUUGGCUUUGCAAUCUAGGAAUCAAUGGGUUUGAGGCUGAAUCUCAAAGGUGUUUUCCCAGUUCCCUCUCAUUUCCUCGCCAAUUCACCUUCUAAGCUCCCUUCUUCUUCUGUAAGAGGGACGGAAGCUUCUUUUAACUCAGCUAGGGUGUCUUUCCCCUCUGUAACAUCUGAUGAAGGUGUGAUUUUAUCGAAAGAUCCUCUGAAAGCAUACUCUUCAUCCGUAGCUCUGCAAACAAUAGAAAAUGGUUGCUUAGAAGUUGAAGAGGUAAAGAUUGACAAGGGAUCACGGUCACAGAGUUGUUCACAUGUUAUGAUCGGUAAAUCUAAUGAGUCAAUAGGAGGGAACAAAUCUUCCUUCUGCACGGACCCGCAAAUAUGCAAUACAUUACAUUAUGGUGUGCUGAUGGAAAAUCUCAACAUUUUAGAGGAGAUGCUUGUUGAUUCAGAUAUGUUGAGAUUGGAGAAGGAAAUUCUACUUCAAUUAGGAAGGCUUGGAGCUCUAAAUUUAUUCAAUACCUGUCUGUCUAGGACUCAUAGACCUCUGAACAUGUUCGACCUAUCUGAUGUUGCUGCUGUUAGGGGAGUGUGUGAUAUGAAUGGCUUGGUGGAUAGUGAAAAGGAUAAAAGAAUUGUUUGUUCUAGAAAAAAUAAACAACACAAAAAGAGAAGAGAAAAAGCAGCUGAAACCACUACAAUUUUUACACAAGCACUGUCUUCCAACACCCUACGCCGACACUUUCAGAAGCCCAAAGUGUCUUCUCGGAAAAGAAUGUCAGACACUAGGAAGAAAUUAUCGACAAUUGCUAGAAAUGAAGUAGAAAUGUCAAAGGGAGUUAAGGUUGUUUUGAAAGUUGGUUUAUGGAAUGCAUAUUCUUUUGUCACAGGUAUUUUAAGGCAACCUUUGACCGGUCUAUGCUUUCCCAAGCAGGUGGUUGCAAACUUGGAGAGGAUUAAAACAACUAUGGAAGAGGAAACUGGGAGAGCUGUGAGCUUGAGUUGCUGGGCUGAAGCGGCCACACUUACAGAGAAGGUGCUGCUACAUAAUUUGCAUUAUGGUUGGUACUGCAGGGACGAGCUACUAAGGAGUACACGCUCCUUAGUCCUCUACUUUGCAAGGAACUAUAGGGGUCUGGGAAUAGCCCAUGAAGAUUUAAUCCAGGCGGGAAGUAUAGGAGUCCUACAAGGUGCAGAAAGGUUUGACUACACAACGGGAUACAAAUUUGCUACCUAUAUACAGUACUGGAUAAGGAAAUCAAUUUCGAGGAUGGUGGCACGGCAUGCUAGAGGGAUCCAAGUUCCCUGCACGUUAAGCAGGGCAAUAGGACAGAUACAGAAAGCUCGGAAAGCACUUAGCAAAAGCCACGGGAAAUACCCAGAAGAGGAUGAAAUAGCCAAGAUGACGGGUCUUUCUUUGUCUAAAAUCAGGUCGGCUGAUAAAUGCUUUAGAGUUGUUGGUUCGAUUGACCAGAAAAUCGGAGAUUCUAUCAAUGCAAAAUAUUUGGAAUUUAUCCCAGAUAUGUCAAUACGGAACCCAGAAAAAACUGUGAUGAGGCAGCACAUGAAGGAAGAUCUUCAUGAUCUUUUGAAUGGUCUGGAGAAAAGAGAGAGGCAAGUGAUGGUUCUACGUUACGGGCUCAAGGGCUCUCCCCCGAAGUCACUCGAGGAGAUUGGAAGGCUUUUUCAUGUGAGCAAAGAGUGGAUAAGAAGGAUAGAGAUAAAAGCAAUGACAAAGCUGAGGGAAAAAGAAACCUGCAUAAAUUUAAGCCAUUAUUUGGAUUUAUAGCUUCAAUUGCAGUGCAAGAUAACUCCAAUGCUGUCUGUUUUUGGGGUGUUUCGACCCCGAGAAUAUGGCUUCCAUUCUCUCGAUGCUAUGACAGAUGAUUUGCUGGGGGAAUGAAUCACUCUUGAAGAAGCUGGAAAAGGCAAAAAGAAAAUCGACGUUGUUGCUUCUUUUGGGCAGCUUGGUAAAUUACCUUGAAAAAUGCAUUUUGUAUAUAUGAAACUGCUAAGUUUCCCCUGCAAAUGUUCAUCUCACGUUUACAUCUCCUUUUGUAAGCGAACUUGAAGAUUUGGGUCAA